ACACCCAAGUACAGGAUGAUAGUCCGAGUCACCAGCAGAGACAUCAUCUGCCAGUUUGCGUACGCCCGUAUAGAAGGGGACAUGAUAGUUUGCGCAGCGUAUGCGCAUGAACUGUCAAAGUACGGUGUGAAAGUUGGCCUGACAAAUUAUGCUGCAGCCUACUGCACUGGCCUGCUGCUGGCCCACAGGCUUCUCCAUAGGUUUGGCAUGGACAAGAUCUACGAAGGCCAGGUGCAGGUGACGGGAGACGAGUACAAUGUGGAAAGCAUUGACGGUCAGCCUGGUGCCUUCACUUGCUAUCUGGAUGCAGGUCUUGCCCGAACUACAACUGGCAACAAAGUUUUUGGGGCCCUGAAGGGAGCUGUGAAUGGAGGCUUGUCUAUCUCUCAUAGUACCAAACGAUUCCCCGGUUAUGACUCUAAAAGCAAGGAGUUCACUGCAGAAGUGCAUCGGAAGCACAUCAUGGGUCAGAACGUUGCAGACUACAUGCGAUACCUAAUGGAGGAAGAUGAAGAUGCAUACAAGAAACAGUUCUCUCAGUACAUAAAGAACAACAUCACUCCAGACAUGAUGGAGGAGAUGUACAAGAAAGCUCAUGCUGCUAUCCGAGAGAAUCCGGUCUAUGAGAAGAAGCCCAAGAAAGAAGUGAAGAAGAAGAGGUGGAACCGUCCUAAAAUGUCCCUUGCCCAGAAGAGAGAUCGGGUUGCUCAAAAGAAAGCGAGCUUCCUCAGAGCUCAGGAGCGGGCUGCUGAGAGCUAACGCAGUUUUCUAUGA